AGUCUCAAGCGGUCCGUGCAGCAUAUUUUUAAAAAAAAGAAUGAAGACGGAGAUCGAGUAGAUGUGAAACUAUACGAAAAGCUGGUAAAUCAAGUAAAAAAAACUCAACGAAAUAGGAGAAAUGCUUGUGUUAUAACAGUGCCCGUGUCGGCUAUAACCACAUAAUUACUGGUCAUGCAGUUUCUAGACUUUAAGACCACACUGUUCACUGGCAGUGUGCCCUGGACUUAGGCAUCGUUACGAAUAUGGUAUAAGACAUCCUGCUUGCCUACUUCAGGUUGCCUUUACUGUUCAUCUUUUGUAGAACGAGGGUGCCGUCCGAUAUUUGGUGGUUAAUCCGUUCCUGAGCGCAGCUCGACCAGCCGCUCCGUGUCAGUUCGCCCAGGAUCGCAGCCCACCCUGAAUUAGACCAUUUAGGCUAUUAAUAGGCAUCGAUCAAGAGCGGACCUUCAAGCAUGCUGGCUCGCAAAAUCUACGGUCUUAUUCUGCUUCUCAUCGUCAUCGCCGCCUCUCCUCUAAUGGCAGACAAGUCAUCGUUGCUAAUCUCGGAAAGCAUGUGGCCACACGACUGCGUGCUGAACUGUGCCAGGGGACGACAUCGCACCGUCUGCGGCAACAAUGGGCAGCUCUACAAGUCGCAGUGUGCCUUCCAGAGAGCCCAGUGCGGCAACUUGCAGCUGAAAAAAGUAGCCCAUGCCCACUGUACAGCUGCCAGGGAACCUGAAAGAGCGAAAGAUCAGGUCAAGUCUAAAUGCAAGCUUGCUCGAGACAAGGCUUUGGAGUCAGUGACCAGCAGCAACACGACCACCGUCUUCGUCCCAGAAUGCUCCGAAGAGGGUACUUAUCUUCAGGUACAGUGCCACAGCCAGACGGGAUACUGCUGGUGCUCGACUCCAGAUGGGAAGCUGGUCAGUGGGACCUCCGUCCUGCACCAGAGACCCAACUGCUCCAGUCAGGUGCCUGAAAGCUUUAAGAUGCAUGUGAAACAUAAAGAGGGCAGCAGAGCGAGCCCGACACCAGACCCAAGCCUCAACGACUCCUCUAGCUCUCCGGUAGCAGGCGACAGGGAAAUAACGGCUCCUCCCUUCUGGGUGACCAUUCUGUUGAACUCCGACCCCAAAGGGAAUCGCCACGUUAAGCCCCCUGCAGCAGAGACUCCACGGCCGUGUGAGCGGGAGCGAGCGGCACUGCUGGCGGCGGCCGCGCCCCCGCGCCUCAAUGAGGAGCGCCGCGUACCGGAGUGCAGUGCGGACGGCCGCUACAAUCCCGUCCAGUGCCACGCCGCCACUGACCACUGCUGGUGCGUGUGGGUGGAUACCGGGCGUAUGCUGCGCAACACUUCAGUCAGGGGCCAGCUACCAGACUGCAGUAAGGAGCAGAAGCAGGGUGGCCAUGGUCUGAAGGGCUACAGGGACAGGCCUUUGUCGGGUUGUUCUGGUGCUCAUAAGAAGGAGCUUCUGCAGGGGCUGGUGAGAACUUUGCAGCUGGAGGCUCUACAGGCAGGAGAUGCGCUGAGCUCCCAGUGGAGGGUAGAUGCGUCGCUGUCGUCCCCAGGCCCCGAGUCCUUCUCCCCCAGCCCCCAGGACAGAGCCGUACCAGUGCAGGGCGGGGCUAGAGGAGUGCUGCAGGAGUACUUCCUGGCGCUGGACGUGAACGGCGACGGCGGGCUGAGCGAGCAGGAGACGCGGCCCCUCCGCCACCUCCUCCGCCGUCGGCUGCUGUCACGGCGCUGUGCCCGGAGGUUCACCCAGCGCUGCGACGGCGACGCCGACCGCAGCCUGACGCUGGCCGAGCUCACUAGCUGCCUGGGACUGUGAGUGGAGCGGGGAGGACAGCUGCGAAAAACAAGGGUGUGUGUGCUGGGGGGGAGUGAAGUGUAGGAGUAACUGAGCAUAAACACACCUGAGGCACUCAUCAAAUGCGAAGGAAUUUAAGCAUUAAAAAAUGGUUACAAAGUUAGUCAUUAGUAUUAGUUAAUUAUGAUAAGUUAAUUAUUUAACUAUCGGUCUAAUUACAAACCUAUGUGGCCCUUUUAAAAUAUAUAAAUGUAUAGAAAAAUACAUAAAAAUAAUCUUGUUGGUCUUGUUUGUCUUUCUUCAUGGAAGAUGUCUGCCGUAAAGGUACCAGGCAGUUUAGCAUGAAAGGAUUAGCGAAGCACAAGUAGGUGUAGCGAUUGGAUCAAUGGAAAUACAAAGUAACCAAUAACAAACGUCUGUCCGAAGAACUGAUUGGCUGUUCAAUCAUCCAUCUUCUGCAUGUUUUAAGCCAUACAGCAGCGGUUCCCAACCCGGUCCUUGGGAUCCCCGUAAUAUGGAGGCAAAGGUACCAGACAUAAAGGAUGUCUGACUGUAACACACUUGUACAGGAGGAGAACAUGCAAGCGGCAUGAAUGUAUUACGAGCAGAAGGAGUCAGACCCACAGCUGUGCAGGUUUGGGUACUUGGGGCUGUUCCUCGAACCCCCAACCUGCCCUCGAGUUUGGACUAGUGAGGUCUCAUUAUAAUAAUGCCCCCAUAUUUCACAGGAGCCAUAGGAGUUAGUCUAAACUAACCAAUGCAUCACAGUCCUCCUUAUGUACUGCAGGCUGAGGUAAUGUUCCACCCCCCUUCGGCUGCUGGUUUUUUGGAGAACACCUCCUGUGUAAUUUUGUAGUAGACAACCAUGUUCCUACAGUGCCUCAGGUCCACUGAUUUUUUUUAUUUUUAUUUUUAUUAAAUAUUUUUCAUUUAUGCCCUUCGGCAGUGAAACACAGACCACCUAUAGCAAAGGGUCAACAACCUUAAUUUGCCUUAACCAAGGAAGUAAUUAAGGGUCGGGGUAGAAAAAAAGAGAAGAAACAGUGGCGCAUUGCGUCCGCCUGGCAGCCUGUCCUCGCAGCAGCCUGUCCUCGCAGCAGCCUGUCCCCGCAGCAGCCUGUCCCCGCAGCAGCCUGUCCUCGCAGCAGCCUGUCCUCGCAGCAGCCUGUCCUCGCAGCAGCCUGUCCCCGCAGCAGCCUGUCCCCGCAGCAGCCUGUCCCCGCAGCAGCCUGUCCCCGCAGCAGCCUGUUCUCGCAGCAGCCUGUCCUCGCAGCAGCCUGUCCCCGCAGCAGCCUGUCCUCGCAGCAGCCCAGGGCGGAAGGCACGGCUUAUUGGAAACAUAAAUCAGGGGGCCAAGGAAAACAGGCAGACUGGAGAAGGUGACAUGAACACAGGGACGCUGUGACAGCGGCAGGGCCAUCGGCAGGAUGACGGGUUGGUCACAGACAAGCUGUUAGCUAAUCAUGACAGAUGAGCUUUAUAUAAUGUCAUAACUUGUGGCCUCUGUACAGACAGACAGUCACCAGGUCAUGAACAAAAUCCGUUCCCUAAGUCUGUCUUUUAAGUUGAAUUUGUAGGUGUCGGAAAAAUAAUGCAGUCGCCUACAUCAAAAUAAUAAUUAUGCAUUGAUAGUAAAAGUAGCUACAAAUGCUGCUAUGUUGUACGUCAAGCCAAUGAUCCGCUGAAACCGUGCAAUGUUUUCACAAACCUUACAAAGUAGUGUGUGCGUUCCUUAUUACGGGCCAUUGUAUUUAACUCACAUUUUUAAUAUAAUAGGCUUUAUGGCGCUCCGUUCAUAAGUACGAGUUUUCCAUAAGUUGGACGUUAUUAACCUGGGGACUGCCUGUAUUCUCUUAAUGAUAAAAAUGGCAUUUUUAUUAAAAAAUAAAAAAAAAUUACUCUUCUUCCUGUUAUCAUAAGACUAUUUUAAAAGCUCCAAUUAGUUUUUAGUUCUAGGGAAUAUUGGUUGCUGUAAUUAAAAAUGUAAUUAUCUCGCGAUUAGCAAAAGUAAACCAAAUACUUAAUUAUCUGGGUUGAUAAUUAGGCUGAAUGACUUUUCCCUAGAAAGAUAUGAGAGGUUGGGUUUAUUUAACCACUGAAUUGUCUUUAAAUACUUCUGUGAACCAAUGAUGGAAUUGAUAAAUACCUUAAUUACUUCAUUAAAAAGAUCUGACACAGUUAUCAUCGGACUAUGAUACAUUUAUGAAAAAUCAGCCAUGACUAAUUUUGUCAUAUUUUGUAUUUGACACACAUUUACAGAACAGAGCCAGGGCCGGGGUCCAUUCUGCCCCAGAGGCCCCUCUGCCCUCAGCCCUUCCAGCUUGUCGGUUCCUCACGAUACAAGUGUUGUCGCAGUGUGGAGAAACUGUGUAGCCAAGUAUUGCAUUUAAAAGUGUGGUUUAUGUUCAAGCCAUAAAUCAGAGUAAAUAGACAACAUAUAAUGUGAGGUAUGGCUGGACAUAGGAGAGUGGAAAGAGUGACAAAUUGUGACGCUGUGAUGCAUAAGCAGCUAUGGAAGAUGGAUGGAUGAAGAUUUUAUAUAUAUAUAUAUAUAUAUACACACACACACACACACACACACGUAAUAUGCAGAGAACAUUAACUGUGUUUAUUGUGUCUCUCAGC